UGAAGCAUCAUCCAGACCACAUAGAAGACUCAUGAAACUCCUUCGCCCAGUCUGACACUGUGCUGCAGUAAGAUCCAUCGCGACAGCCCGGAACCCCGUCGGUCCCCAUACAGAAGCUAGACAUGGAAAGGACCAACAGGUCGCGGAAUUACCUCUCUACCCCGCACGCGGAGCUCAGCCCGCUGAGUGACCUCAUGGAUGAGAACGAGACGAACUCUACGGGUGGCGAGCGACACUCUUUGGGCUGCGUGCAGAUCCGCAUCCCGCAAGAGCUCUUCCUGGCACUGGGGCUCAUCAGCCUGGUGGAGAACAUCCUGGUGGUUCUAGCCAUUAUCAAGAACCGCAACCUGCACUCGCCCAUGUACUACUUCAUCUGCUGCCUGGCUGUGUCCGACAUGCUCGUCAGUGUCAGCAACGUGGUGGAGACCGUCUUCAUGCUUCUCCACGACCACGGCCUGCUGGACUUGCACCCAGGCAUGCUGCGCCACCUGGACAACGUCAUCGACGUGAUGAUCUGUAGCUCCGUGGUGUCCUCGCUCUCCUUUCUGUGCACCAUCGCCGCGGAUCGCUACAUCACCAUCUUCUACGCGCUGCGUUAUCACAGCAUCAUGACCACGCAGCGCGCCAUCACCAUCAUCGUGGUGGUGUGGCUGGCCAGCGUCACCUCCAGCAUCCUCUUCAUCGUGUACCACACCGACAACGCUGUCAUCGUGUGCCUCGUGACCUUCUUCUGCACCACGCUGGUGUUUAACGCCGUGUUGUAUCUGCACAUGUUCCUCCUGGCGCACGUGCAUUCCCGGCGGAUCAUGGCUUUCCACAAAAGCAGGCGCCAAUCCACGAGCAUGAAGGGAGCUAUUACCCUCACCAUCCUGCUCGGGGUCUUCAUUUUAUGCUGGGGCCCUUUCUUCCUCCACCUCAUCCUCAUCCUCACCUGCCCCACCAGCCCCUUCUGCAACUGCUUCUUCCGAAACUUUAACCUUUUCCUUAUCCUCAUCAUCUGCAACUCGCUCAUCGACCCGCUCAUCUACGCCUACCGGAGCCAGGAGCUGCGUAAAACCCUGCAGGAGCUGGUACUGUGUUCGUGGUGCUUCGGCGUGUGAUGGCAUGUACAUUCGGGGAGAAAACGAGGGCAAAUCGGGUCAUCAGCAAUGUCGGCCACAUCUUCCUCCUGAAUGGAGGGCCCACAUUGUGCCCAGGCCGAAGUAAGCCAUGACUGAAGCACGUUUGAUGCCCAUGCGCGACACUGCACAGAACUAACCAGGACUGUAUCUCUGAUUAAGACUUCUGUACGUGUCAUUUGAUGUGGAUUUGAUGAUUAUUCACACGCGUGGCUUCCGUUUUAUUUGGGGGUUUAUUUAUUGCUGCGUUACCCCCUUCCUGGCUCUGGAUCACUGACUGUGAAACAUCUGGACAUUUAAUCCGGUAGAUCCUUAGUUUUGAGACUCUCUAAAUUGAGAGAGACAGUAGGUCACUGGACUAAUUAGCUGUAAUAAUUGAUCACCAUUUUAUUUUUGUUAAGACAUUUUUCCCUGUGUUU